AUGCGGCCCAGGCUCCUUCCUCAGAGGCACCCGCAGAUCUCUCUUCCUGCACGAGGAUUUGGGCAGAUUCCGAAGAAGGCACACCAGGUACCAGCUGCUGCUCCAGGCAUGCCUCUGUGGCUGCUCCUGGCGUCCCUGUGUCUCUCUUCAGCUCCCGGAGUCCCUGCCAUCUACCAGAGGCCAAGCGGGACUCUGCCAGCAACUCCUGCCCCCUUGCAGUACUUGCUGGAGCCCACCAACAAGAUAGUGCAGGCCCGGCGGGGGGCUUCAGUCACCCUGCCUUGCAUCCUGUGGGUCGUGCCCCCAAACUACAAGAUCCGGUGGAGCAAGGUGGAGCCAACGGAGUACCUGGAAGUUGCCAUCUUGAUCAGCAACGGGGUCCAUCACAAAACCUACGGCCCCCUGGGCAGCCGGGCUCACCUGAAACGUAGCCACCGGUAUGAUGCAUCCCUGACCGUCUCCAACCUGACCUUGGAGGAUGAGGGCCGCUAUCGCUGCCAGCUUGUCAAUGGCCUGGAGGACGAAAGCAUCUCUCUGGUCUUGCAGCUGGAAGGGGUCGUCUUCCCCUACCAAACCAGCCAGGGGCGCUAUCAGUUCAACUACUUUGAGGCCAAGAAGGCUUGCCAAGAGCAAGAUGCCCGACUGGCCACCUACCAGCAGCUUUACCAAGCAUGGACAGAAGGGCUGGACUGGUGCAACGCCGGCUGGGUCAUGGAGGGGAGCGUGCACUACCCCAUCCGCAACUCUCGCAAGCCCUGCGGAGGCCUCCUCCUCCGGCCCGGAGUGCGAAGCUACGGCCCCAAGGACAAGCAGAGAGACCGGUUUGAUGCCUUCUGCUUCACGUCAAGCGUGCAGGGCCGUGUCUAUUUCAUCAGGGGCCACUUCAACUUCAAAGAGGGCCGGCAAGCCUGCCUUAAGGACGGCGGUGCUGCCGUGGCCAAGGUUGGGCAGCUGUAUGCGGCCUGGCGAUUCUCCCAGCUAGACCGCUGCAACGGAGGCUGGCUGGAGGACGGCAGUGUGCGCUUCCCCAUCACCGCUCCCCGCCCACACUGUGGGGGGCUCCCGGACCCUGGCGUCCACAGCUUUGGCUUCCCCAGCAGGCUCCGGAAGAAGUACGGGGUCUACUGUUUCUCUGGGAAGUAGCGGGGGCCAAAGCCCCAGGCGGAGGAGGCCACAACUGAAGAACCAAGGAGGCCAACGGAUGCCGUCCUUUUCGAGUCAAAAUUCAUCGGGACCCCUUGACGGGAACUUCCCACCAUCCAUUCCUGGAGUCAGAGUUGGCCUCGAUGGUCCAGGCUAUGGUGGCUUUGACCAAACACCUGUCAGGCGGAGGACAGAGCGUGGGAAUGGCUUUGUAAAAACCUCCGUCCCCUCUGAUAUCCUGGGAAAUGACUGCAGUUCUUGAGGUCUUAGUAGUAAAAUUGUUCACCCCUUUCCUUUUUUUCUUCCACACUGAAAUCUUUUAAUAUAAGAAAUGCUGCCUGGACAUUGCCAAGGAAAAAAACCACAAGGCAACGAUACAGAGCAACGUGCAUCCUUCAACGCCCUUAACAAACUAGGUUACCAGCCCCAAUUUCUCCAUUGAAAUAGGGAACUCCUUGGUUUC